GUAGUCAACCUGACCAACCAUCGUGGCUUUGAGAAACCUGACGAUGAGCAAUAUCACGUGUUGCCACUGUACAUCCUUGACCACACAGAUGAACUCGGCUCUAUGGAAGGUCAGAAUGCCAAAGUACGCAGUGGGGCGCUUGAAAUACUGUCCCAUUAUGUGAGCCAGGUGCGAAGAAGGUCCACACCAUACAGACCUUGUAAAAGAAAUCGCACAACUCCCAAGAAACACGGUAUGAAAAACAGCCCCAAGAAUUCUAAACUGUCUAGAGUUGCUCCAUUGCCAACUGGACAUUUUAGUGACAGUACUUUCGCUAGGAAUGAAAGUAAUUUUUGUAAUAGUGACGGUUUAUUGACUCAGAGUUCAUCGUUGAAUAAGUUUAAUUCUGUUGGUGGCAGUAGCCAUCAGUUGGACAUGGUUCCAGGUGUGGGUCUUGAAGAAAGAAAUGCCAAGAGCAUGACCUACACGGAUCUCAUGUCCCAGCAAGGGCUGCCAGGGUUUGCUGAUCUCUACACUCAAUUCUGGGACUAUUUCUACACACACGGAGAGUUCCCACCACUGGAGUGGACAACCAAGACAAGAUGUUCAGUCUUGACUGAGGCAGGGAAGUCAAAUUUCAAAUCAAACUCUUUAAAACAGUCAUCUGCCAUGGAUGAAAUGUCUUUGCAGCAGCAGAAGCAGCAAAUGUGGCAGCAUCAAGAACAGCUAAAGCAUCAGAAACAUAAUAUCAAUGUUCAAUCAGAGCAGCAAGAAAAACAAAGGCAGCACAAUUUGCUAACUUGUUUUCCUGGCAAACAGGGCUUUCAGUCACCAUCUCCCUCUCCUUGUUUACCGCAUCCUGUGACUUCUCCAAGGCAGCAGUUUUAUUCUCAUGACUACCGGUGUAAAGCCUCUGUUCUUGAAGCAGCACAGAUCUCACCAACGCCUUCAUCUUCAGGUAGGCUUUGCCAAGAAUCAUUCUCACAUAAAAGUCAGUAUUGUAGUUCAGCAUCCUUACCAUCUUCUAUACCAACUUCUUCACACCAUCAGCAGUACUAUUCUUCACAACACCUACCACUGUCAAGUCAUCCUCGUACUCUUUCUGACCCACCCAAACAUAAUUUAUUUGACAACAGUGAAAAUAUGCAACCCUCAUUUUUUAGUUCUAAAAUAAGCAAUAAUAUCAGUUUAAAUGUUAGUUCACAAAACCCCACCACCGGUAUUUCAAGUUCAGGAGAUGCAUCAGGUGCUGCACAAGGGGAUGCUGUUGGUCAUCAUUUAAGGCCCCCACCUCCCUACCCAGACUCUGUUUCAAAUCAGUAUAGUGUGCAUGGCAGUGCUCAAAAUAUAUUCAAACCUCAGGGACACCCACUGUCAUGUGGUGAGAGAGUAGAUCAAAAUGUCAAAAGGAAACUUGACAAUUGUCACAACGCUCAGGGACAGAUAACUGAAUCUGUGUGUGCUUCACCUGAUUUCAUGGGAGGAGAAUAUUCACGUAGUUUAAAUCAGGCACUCAAAGAUUUAUUUUCUGACAAUGCUGAAGUGUCACACCCAGACCCUGAAAGGCCUGCACUGCCGUUUGAAGCACAGAGAUUAUCACUGGAAAGGUCCAUGCGGGUUUCUUUAGGAUCAAGACCGGCUUCUGUCCUGUCACAUCAUACACCAAUCUCAGCACAUUUAGAAGAUCAAAAUGUACAUAUUGAAAGGCCACAGUCUGCACAGUUGCCUACCAUAUCUUCUUCUCAUUCAUGUGAAGAACCUCCAUUAGACAGGUCUGUUUCAAGAAAUAUAUUUAUGCAGUCCAUGUCGUAUCCAGCUGUGCUGCAGUCCCCAGGUAGAUUAGAGUUAGCUAAUCCAUUAAGUAAACUGUUGUGUGCCCCACAGACGGAUGAACCAGAUGCUGUUCAUACAGUAAAGACACAUAUUUCGAAUGUGUCAUUAUCCAGGUCCUUUUCUGAAAGCCACACAUCCAAACUUCCAUCAGUCCAGCUGCUUGGAAGAAGCCAGUCAUAUAAUGUGCCGGUGUCUCAGCAUGGAGCACAAAUGUCAUCAUCAACUCACUCAGACAUUUCACAUUCAUCUCAGUUAGCUACAUCAGAAUCUUCCUAUCAGGCAUUCUCCCCAAGGGCUGAUUCUGUUGUGGAAGAAUUAACCUUUGAUCAUAAUGGGUCUGAUUUGUUGACCGGUGUGAGCAGUACAUCAAGAAUUGUGGAAUCGGUCUUGUUGGACCCGCCCCUUUAUAUGUCAGACGAUAAGCAAGUGAAAGUCAGGCGAGACUGUUGGUCAAGAAUGAGUGAACCAUCUAAUUUAACAGACGCUGCACGACCUUCUUCAUGUUUCAGUGAACCUGACAUUGCUAGUGGAUGGGGAAAAGAACAUCCCUUCAGUUUAACAGCAAGACAGAGCUUAGAUAUUCAGCCUAGCCUGGGAACAUGUACAGUGUACAACAGGUUUAAAAGCUCUAAGUGUCUUAGUUCAGAAGUCAGAAAUAGAUGUGAUGAUAUUCAUAAUACUGAGUUGCAAAAGACCAAACAUGGAGUGUCAAACACAAAACAAGAACCAAAUUCAACACAGGUCACUCCAGGUGGACUCUUUAAACCAUACAGUAAUUUGCCUUGGUUCCAAGGCCAAGAGAAAGAGAAUGGGAAAUCUUUGGGGUCUGUUAACAGUUCUUUCCAUGAUAAUGAUGGCAUACCUUUGGCAACAUGCAGUUCAAAACCACUACAUAUUAAUCACUUAGAAACCUCUCCCAACAUUGUCACACAGUGUACAAAUGUUGACUCAAGCGAUGAGAUCAACAGUGGGAACUCUUAUAUUAACAGACCUGUUGGCAGUGUAUGUCCAAAUGGGCCAAUUAUUGGAGAGAAGAUGAAAGUGCACAAAUCGGAAGGGUUUGUUGUUCCUAAAGUCAGCCAGAGUCCAAGUGAGCCCCCUUAUGAAGUUAUAGAUUCAACUGUGGUCAGUGUGGAAACUGAUGAUAACCGAGAAGUCUUUGAUGAUCCAGCAAUGGGAGGUGUGGCUAUUGCUUUAUGCCAUGGUGCUGUGCUUUUUGAAGUUGCUAAGAGAGAGCUGCAUGCCACAACAGCCCUCAAAGAACCCAACAGGUACCGGCCAAAGCGCAUAAGUCUGGUGUUCUAUCAGCAUAAGAACUUGAAUUUGACCAGACAUGGAUUUGAUGAGUAUGAGAGAAAAGCUGAAGAGAGGAGGAGCCAGGCAGAACAGACCAGGUUGAUUGAGGAGAUGGAGUCUAAAGGCUUCUUCAAAGGUGAGCUUAGUGAACUGGCUGCCUUCCCAAGCCUUACAAAAGGAACAUUUGGCAAAGUAUUCAACUUUCCAGAAGCAAAAAAAACUCUGUUUCCUCUUCGUUUCCCUCGGUAUCUGGACUGCUCACAUUCGGAGCACAUUACCCCUGUUAUGUUUGCGUGUAUGUCUAUAGCAUUCCCCAGUUAUAUGAAAGAAGCUUUUCCAGAUCCUUCCAGACUACCUAGGCUAAUGAGUGGCAUGCCCGUUAAGAUGUAUUCCUCAUUGUCAGACAAAAGAAAAUACCAGAAAGUUGUAGAUUCAGAUAUAAGCAAACAAGACUUGCAGCUGUUGGUGGAUAACUAUGACAAAUGUGGUGGUGUGUUUCAUCAAGUGUCCACCCCAUGGAGUCCUAACAGAGCUCGGGAAAGUACCGCUACCACAAAUAGUGUGCUGACCAGGUGGGUUCAUGAUGAUGUUAAUGUGACUGGUCCCUACAACAGAUGGGUAGAAUUGGCUCUGCAGGAUGCUGUAAAAACAGAGGAAACCUGCUUGAGCCCUAAAAUUAAAACUGAGGAUGAGACCGAUGUGAAGAUGAGCACAUCUGAGUGUGUUCCACAGCAUGGCCAAACAAAUUAUAAUAAUGAAAGUACUGUAUACCCAGGCACAUCUCCACCUUUAAAGUCUAACACAAGGAAAGAUCAUGUCAACCAAGUUAACAGUACAGUAACAACUAUGGUAGUCAAUCUAGACCACUCAAAUCUCAUGAGUGAUUUGGACCUCUCUCAGUUUUCAGACAGAUCAUCUAAGAUGAUCUCCCCUUUAGGAGAAACAACAUCAGUGUCCAUAGCCAAGAAAUGCCCCAAUGAUUUCUCAACGUCUGCAAGGAAAAGUGUAGACAGUUCAUUUUCUACUGAUAAAUCUGCUCAGGAUGGGAUGGUUCUGUCCUAUGCACACCCUUCUGAAUCAAUAAAUGCAUCUGAAUCUGGAAUGACAGAGCCUGAAUAUAUGAAGUCAGAACUAGGUUGUAAUACCUCAUUGACACACAAUAAAAGAAGACAAGAAUCUUGCAAAGUUCGUGGUUUUAAAAAGGGAAGGACUUUUUCAGGUGAUCUGCAGUCACAGAAUCUUCUAUAUGAAGACCAUAUACGUUGCUCCCCCAUCAAUGGUCAUUGUGUUAAAUCGAUCAUGGAAGAUGAAAACCUGAACUGCAUGGAACAUGCCAUGGAUGAGGAAGGCAGGAUCCAAACCACUUCAAAAAGCAUUCAGUAUGCAGUAGGUAAUAACACUGUGGCUGGAAGUAUCUCUGAUCAUAAUGGAAAGGAACACUCCAAGAGCAUUCAGUAUGCAGUAGGUAAUAACACUGUGGCUGGAAGUAUCUCUGAUCACAAUGGAAAGGAACACUACAUAGCAGACAUGGAAGCCAGGUGUUUGGAAGAAUCAGGUAGUGUUUCUGGGAAAUGGGAGAGUAUGUAUGACUUUCUGAUGAAAGGUCUGUCGAGACCUUUUUUGUCCAGUCAGCAGACUAGUGUCCAGUCUGUGCAGGAUGAUCUUACAAACACCCCUAGCAGUGAAUGUCCCUAA